GGGCGCGACUCUCAAAAGCAAAAUUUGCUAAGCAUAGAGGCAUGGGCAUGUUGUGAUAAAUUAAAAACAUUAGACUCAAAGAUGCAAGUUUCUUAUGCCAAUAACGUCAAGAUUUAUAACUUGAGUGCAGGAAAAUCACUGCCAGAGGUAAUGUCAGUCAGAAAGUGCCCCUGCCCCUAGCCCUGGUGUUGACUCUAAUUUAGUUCUAAUGUAGCACUAACAAUGAACAAUCACUUGAUUGAAUCAGGUAUGCCAGACUGUUGUUCUAGACCUGUCUACUGUUUACUCUUAUGAUUUUGGCGUACUAUGUUACACUAUACUAUGUACGAUUUUAUAAGAACUAUGAUUUUAAGAAAGUCAGUUGAAUGUUUAUUUUAAAAUAUAUACAUUUUUGAUUGUUUGCUAUUGCUGACCAUCCAUCUAUAAUUAGAUUACACUGAGCCUGAGAGGCAAAAGAAGUGUUGAAGUGGUGUUAAUUUAUUUAGAUUUUGUGUGGGCGCGGGGGGGGGGGAGUCUAAAUAUUUCAGUCUAGUCUAUAAAAUUAACACGGCCAUAUUUUUGUAAUGAUAGGUGGGUGGUGGUCUCGACCUAUUCAGCAAAAAUUCUUAAAUAUUUAUCGGUGUUGAUUUAUUUAUAUUUUGUGUGGGCGCGGGGGGGGGGGGAGUCUAAAUAUUUCAGUCUAGUCUAUAAAAUUAACACAGCCAUAUUUUUGUAAUGAUAGGUGGGUGGUGGUCUCGACCUAUUCAGCAAAAAUUCUUCAAUAUUUAUCCUGAAAGGCCAAAAAUAGCAUUUUUAUAUCUCUAAUUCUAAUGCAGUAUCACCUAAUGUUUAGUAGAAAUUAUGUUUGUGAUGUUGCCAUAUUAUAUAUAUUUUCACAAACUCAAACGAAGUCGCUAGCUUUACCCAGUAGUAAAGAUAUUAUUACGGUUAUAUUUAGUCCACUGUAUGUUCAAUGUGAUGUGACAUAUAACCCUAAUUUGUUGGGCUAUGUCAGUGGUUCUAAAAUGUUUGUUUCCCAGCACCUAUGCCAUGCCAAAUUUAGGUUUUCAUAAAAAAAUUAUGGUAUCUUUCUGCACAUUCUCUUUUGGGCACAUUGGCCUACAUUACUAUCAAUUUAUUGCCUUUAUCAUACACCCAACUUUUGGUCAAUAUAUGCAUUGUUUAUAAUUAGAUUAAGGGACCAUCUAUAAACAAUGGCAUUCGUCUCCAAAAAAAUAAAAUAGCUAAUAUCAUGCUGCCCUGAACCCUGAUUAAAUUAAUUAAUGAUAAACCAUGGCCGGAUUCUGAAGAAAAAAAAAAAAGAAACUUGAGAAAAUGAAUCUGGUUACCAAUAUGUGGGUUAAAUCUUAUCAGGUUAUAAAAUUAUUGAUUUUUUUGGGGUCUAUUUUAUUAAUUAAUUACCUAGAAUAGCCACUUGCUUACUCAGCCCUUGCAUGGUCACGGACUAAUCAUCGUCUUAUGUCUAGCUCGUUGGUCUGUAUUAAAUUUUUUGUAGAUCUUGACUUUGGUUUUAAAAUUAUGAUUUUUUUUAACCAAAAUAUUCUAUUGCUUCCUUUUUCAGUGGCUUACAGAGAGACAAAGAAGAAAGCUCCAAAACAAAGAUGAUGGUUAAUAUAGUUUUUGUACCUUAUUGAAAUGAACUUGCAUUUUUAAAACAGUAGAUUAACUUAAGAUUUUGAAAAAAAUAUAUAUCAUAAAUAAAUGAUGAGGAGCAUUUACGUCAUGAAUUGUAGUUUAAUAUCUGUUUAAAAAAAUACUGCUCAUGAUUAUGAGGUUCUCACAUAAUCUUAAAAUGUAAUGAAUAAAAAUUAUAUUCUCCAGAUGUUCGUCGUCGCCUGGAACUUAUCCAGGAUUUUGAAAUGCCAAGUGUCAGUGAUUGUGUAAAAGUCUCACCUGAUGAACAAUUUAUUUGUGCAACAGGUAAACUGUACACUAAUUGUACAGCUUGUUAGUUUUGUGGGUUUUUAAUUAGUGUAGUCAUAUAUGAACUUAAAUUUUCUUGAAUCACAAACAUAGGUUCCAUUUUGAUAUGAAAUUGAAUGUUAAAGGUAUGAAUGUGUACCAUUAGUAUGUUUGUAAGAAUAUAACUAAUCCAAAAACCAGUAGCCCAAGAUAUUAUCUUGAUGCCUUUAUACAAAUACAUUCCUUUUAGGUACAUACAAACCAAGGUUUAGGUGCUAUGAUGUUCAUGAGCUGUGUCUUAAGUUUGAGCAUGGCUUAGACUCCAGUGUUGUUAAUUUUCAAUUCCUCUCAGACGACUACAGCAAAGUAAGAACCUACUUUGUUUGAUGUUUAAGCAAUUUAUGUAAGACCUGAUUAAAAAGUCUUUGAAUUUGGCCUGUUAUCUGCGAUAAUGGUGGAUAAGGGAGUAAGGAUUUAUUCUGAUACUUAAAUAUUGUUUACUGAUCAGACUUAGAUGUUGAAUACCUUUACAUGUAAUGAAAAAGUGAAAUUUAAUUAUUCAAUAAUAUAUUGCUAUGCAUUUUUAUUAAAAAAGGACACAUCUUAAAUUUAAGACAAGGUAAACAAAAGUCCUAAAAAAAGUUUUGAUUACUUACAUGAUUUACUUAUCAUUCAGUGUUACAUUAUUUGGCAAGAUUACUUUUACUUUCAGAUUUGCUUUCUGCAAGAUGACCGAUAUGUUGAAUUUCACUCUCAGUUUGGUCGUCUCUUACGUAUGAGAAUUCCCAAAUAUGGACGUGAUCUAUCUUAUUACUCCCCUUCUUGUGAUAUGUAUUUUGUUGGGGUCAGGUAAUUAAAAUAUAUUUUUAGGAAUAGGACUAUGUUACAAUAAAGCACUUUCAAAAAAAUUACAUGUGUAAAAUCCGAAUACAGAAUUGCCUCCAUUUGUGCAUGGUCAUGAGAAUUUAUUAAGACAAUUUAUUCAGACUGUUUGGUAGAAUUUGAUUAUAUAUUUUAUUUCAUAAAUGUAAAUUCUAAGUUGAUCCAAACUGUGAAAGUUGAGAUUUGCUAAUUUUCAAAAUUUGCCUUUUUUUAAAAAAACUGUAAGCAUAGCACAAAAUGUAGAAAUAUUGUGUAAACAAAAGUGGAAUCUGACUUCAUUUAUCUGUAAAGUUUUUCUUUUAAAAAAUUAAUCUUUAAGAUUUCUUAAAUUCAUGAUUAUUCCACAAAAAUUUAGUAGAAACCAUUUUCGUAAUUAAUCAUUGCAGUUCAGAGAUUUACAGAAUCAACUUGGAGAAAGGGAGAUUCAUGAAACCUCUUCAAUCAAAUGCAACGUGAGGGUUAACUUUAAGUAGCAUGUUUUUUAACUGAAUCAAAUUUAAGGCAUAAUGGAUAUUUCCAUAAUUUAUAUAUAUAUAUUUCCAGGUUAGUUAAACGGUACUUGAUAUUUUGAUCAGUUAAAUUGAAAAUCAUAGCGGCACAUAUCAACUUAUGUGUUGUGCAUAAAUAAUAAUUCACAUGCUUUUUGUCUAAGAAAUUUGGUUGUUUUGAAUUUUUUAUCAAGAGUCAAUUUUUUUCAUUAUUUUUUUUUAAUAUGCUUGAGUAGGCCUAAGCAGUUUGUUUAUAGUUUGUUGAUUUUAAAGAACAAAUGUUAAAUAAAAUAAAUACGGAUUUUUCAGAGAGUUGAACUGCUGUGAAUUUAAUCCGGUGAACCAUCUUUUUGGAUGUGGGUCAAAAUUAGGUCAUUUGGAAUGUUGGGACCCCAGAUCAAGAACGAGAGCUGGUAUCUUAGAUGUUGCGAUAAGCAAUUUUGUACAAGAUUACGAGUAAGUGCUGCUUUAAUUUACGUUAAUGUUAAACAUGAAAAUAUUCUUCUUCAGUUAGACAAACAUUUUCAUGAUAAUUACAUAGAUCUUUGACAUUUUUUCUUUUGUAAGAUUUAAAUUCAUUGAAUGUUAAGUUGUAUUCUCUAACUAUGAAGUUAAUCAGUUAACAUAAAACAGCACAGGAGGGAGGUGUGGGAGUGUUUUUGAAAAAGGAAUGUCUCAACAUUUAAAAAAAAUUUCAUUCUGUGUUAAUGUAGUGUGUUAAGAGGAGGUCAGAGUUGAUGUUUACUGAUUGUAAUUCAUACUAUUUAUUUUGAAAGUGAUAUGGAAACGCAGUUUGUAACUAUAUAUGUGGUGAUCUGACUUAUGAUAUAUUAGUGAGGGGUAUCUCUCGUAUGGCACUCUGUCUAGGGAUUCAUUAAUUAAGCCAAAUUACCACACAGACAUAAUAACAUAUCUAUAUACAUAUAGUACAGACUGAAACGAAGUCUUUGUUAAAGGAGAAAAUAACUAAAAUAAUUUAUUGAAUAAUAAUAUUUACAAAUUCCUCCGUAAAACACUCUUGGUUCUUAAUAUAUAUACAUCAAAUGGAUUUCAUCCAAUUAGAAAGGUAUAUCAAUGCAAAGCAAGUGUCCCUAACAUACUGACGGUAUCAUCAUUAUAAAUGCUAAAUUGCUCAAGGUUCUAUGUUCAAUCUUGGUGGACUUAGCCUUUAAAGUUCUAGUUCUCAAAGUGUGGGAGUUCCUUCUGUUCCAGAAGCGUGUCCCUGUUCUGGUCUUCGGAGCUGUUCUAAACGUAGCGAAGUCGGAGUUCCCGGUCGUAGAUUCCGUGAGAUCUCUGCGAUGGGGAAGGUGACUCUCCAGCAAUAAAUCGUGGUAGUAAGAGUCCCUGGAUCUCGAAGUCCUUCUAGUAGCUGUCAGGUAGUUUGGUGUGGGACCUAAAUCAAUCACCUAGUUCCAGCUUCAAGGUCAGUUGGUCCAGUAAUAGAAACCAGGCUAAAGGCAAAAUUAUACAAAGUGGAUAAGUAUCCAGGCGACUAGUCAUAAGCUGACAAGUCCCAACAACAACAAAUUCAGAUAGAUGUUUGGAAGGUGACAUAGCUUGUAAAUAUACAUCCAAUUUUUGGAUGGAUUUAUAAGUCUGAUCAUUGUCGGUGUAAGCAUAUGUUGCUUCACGACAAUGUUGGACCAAGCAAGCAUAAUUUAAUUAAUGAAGUAUGGGACAUUGUAUCAUUAACAACCAUUAAAUUUACCGGUAAAUAGUAUACAUAUUGUCUUCUCGUUAAAAGAGCCAUGGGCGAUUAGGAACAACCUACCAUCCCCAUGAUGGGAUGGCGGCAUGUCGUAGCCUGUGGCAAAAGCAAUAAUAGAAUGCAUAAUAUCAAUAUAAUGUAAUAUAGGCAUUGUUAGAAUAAGAUCAAACACAAUCGAAUCUUUGCUACAUAGUUAUAUGAACAAUACAAGUGCAAUACCAUAAUAUCAAAAUCAUGGUUGCGUACUUACUAGUACUCUAGGUAACAGUCGCAGUUAAUGAUCACGCUAAUGAAGUACUAAUCCAAAUUCGCGCUUUGACGUGAGUUUUCUGAUGCAUAAAUGCAAUAACAACAAGGGACGUUACUCCGCUUUGCUGCCUCCAGGGCAAUACUGAGGGGAGGCACAGUAUUAUUUUCUCAAGGUUCAUCGCUGAGAGGGGUUGAACACAAAAUGCAUGCUUUUGGGGUGAGCAGCCUGGUGUAAGAAUGCGAAAACACCAAAGGAAAUCAAUGGGUUAUGCAACGGCGGGGAGACUUGAGGGGAGGGAAAGGUAUUCUUUUAAAAGGGUUUCCAAGUGGAAAAAAUUUUACUAAGUCCAGCCUCAAAUCGUCACAAUAUCAUUAAUCAUCUCUUAAGAUGGAUACUCUACAUGUUUUAUACUAUGGGAAGGAAACAUUAAUUGUUGACAAUAUCAGUAUAAUAAUCUCCCCUUGUCUUCCAGUGUUAAAAUAGUUCCAGAAAUUACAGCAAUGAAAUUUAGAGGUGAUGGCCUCACUGUUGGGCUAGGAACAAGCACAGGCCAUGUGAGUAAUCAUUUUUCCCAUAUAGGAAAUAUUAGACAAUUAAAUGUCUGCUUAGUUUGGGUAAUAUUCUGACUCACAUCAAUUGUUUCUGUUAGAUUUAUUGUUAAUGCUAUAAAGGAAAUGGAUGGCUUUGAGUUUAAAAUGCAUAAUUAGAUUAUGUACACAAUAAAAUAAUAAGGUGCAGUGGACUGAACAAAUAAAUUUAUUCAAGAACUUUCUAUUGCCUUUAGCUAAAGAUUGUUUUAACCUGUUAAGAUUUUGUACUGAGAUGAGUAAACAUAUUUAUAUUAUUUAUUUGUUAUUUCAAUUUUUUUUUAUGACUGUUUAUCCUUCCCUGUAAUAAUAUAAAAGGUGUUACUGUACGACUUACGGGCCAUGAAACCUUUUAUUGUGAAAGACCAUAACUAUGAGCUGCCAAUAAGAUCCAUUGAGUUUCAAGACUCCCAAGAUCUGGUUUUGUCGAUGGAUACCAAAAUUCUAAAAUUAUGGAACAGAAAUAAUGUGAGUUCAAGUCUGUGUUUGUUGAAAAUUUUAUAUAAAAUUUAUAUAGUCUUUUAAACUUGAGUGUUUAUUCCAGGUGUACUCUAAAACUGGCUAAACAUUGUUCACAUUUCAGGGGAAGCCCUUAACUGCCAUAGAACCAGGAGUGAAUCUUAAUCGAUUGUGUGUGUUUCCUAAUUCGGGCAUCAUAUUCUUGGCCAAUGAAGCCCCAAAGAUUCUUACCUACUUCAUACCUGUGAGUUCUUAGCUUCUUAAUUUUGAAGUUCCCAUGGCCUAUUAUAACUUUUAAAAAUUUUAAUGAACAACUGUACAAAUAUUAAAAAAAACACUAGACCUAAAAUUUGAAUUCAAGUUUUAACUUUUCAAAACAUUUUAGCAGAUUAUGCACUUUAUUCUGGGCGAUAUUAGUGACCAAAAGUUAGGCUGACCAAGAAAAAGAAAAUUAUAUCACUUGUGGCUCAGUAGUUUGAUUCUUAAUGCUAACUGUCUAUAAUUUCUAAUCAAGACUUUAGGUCCAGCCCCUCGUUGGUGUAGCAGCUUAGACAGUAUGACAGAAGAACUGGAAGAGAAAGCAGAGAGUUCAGGUGUGUUGUUGUGUAGAUUAUAAAAUAUUCAUGCAACAUUUAAUACAAUUUAAUUUCUAGUACAUUAUAUAAAUUGAAAUUUAGUAGCUUAUGGAGCUUAAUAAAAAAUAUGGGGUUCUGUAGAAAGACUGAAAUAAAUACUUUGACACCAGUUAGGAAAAUGGUUACAUUACAGAAUUUAAUCCUGGAAGUUUAUUAACACAAGUUGACCCCACAUUAUAACUUAUAUUUCUAAAUUCACAACACCCAGUAUAUGAUGAUUACAAGUUUGUCACUCGUACUGAGCUGGAAGAGCUGGGAUUAGAACAUCUGAUUGGGACCAACCUGUUGAGAUCUGUCAUGCAUGGAUUCUUUAUUGACGUUCGACUUUAUCACAAGGUGAAUAUGUUUCAAGUUAAAAUCAGGCUGCAAUGUGUUUCAACAGUACAUUUCUUGUGAUCUCUACAAAAAUAAUUUGAUUUGUAAUCUUAAGUGCAUUAGAAUAUUACACAAAAUAUGAUCUGAAAAUUUGACUAAUCUAAAGUAUGUAAAAAUUAUAAGAGUAUUAGAUUGAUAUGAAGGUUAUUCAUUAAGUGAAUUUUCUGUCGAAACCCAUCAAUAACGUCACAUAUAGCUAAAUUAAUUAAUUUGAGUGUAAAUGGAUAAAAAUUCACAUAAGGAACCAAUAUUUGUAUUACAUAUGUGGCAAGUUGCUAUUAAUAGUUUGAUAGCUGUGGGUAAACCCCAGGCUAUACUCUAACAUUUACACACCCACUGAAAUUAAAAGCAGCACAAUGCUGUGUGCUGGGCCCUAACCUUUUGUUUAUCACUGAUGAAUGACAAAUUACCAUCCCGUAUCUAACGUGACGCUGAUGUCAUUGUUCCCUUGUAUGUCCCAUACGACCAUCUGAUUUUUGAAUUGAUAAAGAAGAUGAAUUGUAGCUAUCAGCAUUAGUUCAUUUCACAGGUCUAUCUCACAGCUUCAUUUUGUCAUUUUUAUUCAGCUUUUCAUUUGGCUUUUCUUUGUUUUUCUAUUUCUGGUUACCAUAUUCUCAAAACAAAUAAAAAGCUAUAGUUCUCAACUGAACAACUUGGAUUUGUGAAAUAAAUUUCUAGUCAUUUCACUGGUCUAUCUGUCGGCUUCAUUGGUAAAAUGAAUGUUAUAUUGUUAUUGUGUGGAGUUCAUUUUAUUAUAUGUUUGUGAUUGAUGAUUACUUUUUAUUAAUGAACAUGUUAAGUAGUGUUUUAAUUUAAUUACUUGUAAAGCUCUUUGAAUGUACUCCUUAACAAUGAUAUCACCUUAUUUACACAUAUGACUGUGUUGCUGUGUGCCAUAUCUUGUAUAGACCAACAUAUACAUGCAUUCACAACUAAGAGCUAUGAAUAAAAUCAUUUUGGUUACAAAUGCUGGAAAUGCUCUAAAUAUCAAAUAAACAUAUUAUGUACACCAGUAUUAAAUUAGCAAUUAUGGUUUGUAGUGUUGAGAUGAACAUACUGCGUUGUGCUCAGGCUUUCAUCAAUCUGGUAUGUGCUUGUAUAAUCCUAACAGUCAUAUCAUUAUAGUAAAAACACUAUCAUGUGGUUGUCUUAUAAAGACCUUCAUGCAUGACAUUAUAAUAGUAAUAGCCAAGUAUCUGGAAUUGUAGGUUAACUCGAUCAUCGAGUACCUUGGGGUCUUUGUUGUAAAAAUAGGUAUGAGAUAAUUGCGAACAUAAAUAUAUUGAUUUUGUACUGGACGCCCUCCCAUCUCACAUGAUUUGAAACGCAGAACUGUGUGCAUAUCCCAUAAACUAAACACCACAGAAUAACUUCUCUAAUAAUUAAAUAUGAUUGUUUUUGGUCCCUUGGAUAUUCAUGGUGGGUCUACUUUUCUAAUAAACAUUAUUGCUGUUCAACUUAACAAUCCAAAAAGAAUAUGGGUCUUUAUGAAAAAUAUUGUUAUCUCCAAUUGAAUAAUCUGUUAAAUCUAGAUUUAUCCCUUGUUAAGUGAAUAUUAAUCAUACUUUGAAUAACUUGUAAAACAUUCAUUAUCCAGAGUCCAGAGUUAUCCACCCUUUUUAUCACUGGUUAUAUUUACUUAAAUGUUUGUCACUUUAAAUAAAUUAUACUAUAUAUGAUCUUUUCAGAUAUUUUCUAUUUUCUUCAGAUUUUCUUCCCCAUUUUUCUUGUUCUAUUUCUGGUUACUAUACUCUCAAAAUAACACCUUGGUUUUGUAAACUAAAUUUAAAACAGUAUUGCUUACCCAUGCCACCACUCACCACAUGGCUACACAUAAAAAAAUUAAUAUAUUUUCUACUUAAUAUUUUAUUAGUAUGUCUUUUAAUAAUUUUAAGUUGGACCUUACAGAAUAAUUGAACUUAUUUAUUUAUUUCAGGCUAAAGCAAUUGCAGAUCCAUUUGCUUAUGAAAAGUACAGAAAGUCAAAGGUCAGGGAGAAGAUUGAACAGGAAAGAACUAACAGAGUCCAACUCAAGGUAGGAUGUGUCUUCUAUUUUUAUUUUUUUUCUAACAAAAUACAUUUAAUUUACAAAUUGACUGUUGGGCUUUUAUAGUUUAGUAAAACAAUAACUUACUCAUUAAAAAAAUAUAGCUCUGGGAUCUUUUCCAGUUUUAAACUUUCAUUAAAGGUUUUACCAAAUUUAUUUUAAAAAAUGGAUACAUAAAAUCUUUCUUUUAUUUUUAAAUAUGUUAAACUUGCAUAUAAAUUGAGAUACUUUAUUUUAAUUAUAAACAUUCACUUCAAACACAGAAACUCCCAACUGUGAACAGAGAGUUGGCACAGAAACUUAUGGAUGAAGAUGAAGCCCAGAAAGCAAAUCCAAGAAAGAGAGAGGUAAUACUUUAGUUUUUGUGACCAUUUUUAUAAAAAAUACAAAUAAUUGAUAUUUUAUAUAUUUAUUUGCACAUUUUGUGUUUAUUUAGGUAACUAUGAAUGAUUAGAAUGAAAAGGCCUUUAUAAUUAAUAUGAUGUAAAUAUAUAUAUAAUAUAUAACAAAUUAUUUUUUAUGGAUUCUUUUUCCGCAAUGCCAAAAUGGUGAAAUGUUGGAUAGACAAAAAAACAUUCCUCUUUCAUUCAUGUUGGUUAAUUGUUAAAAGGUGAAAAAAAAUAAUCAUAGUUUGUUGGCAUCAAUUGUAAGGAAGUAUUUUUAUAUUUACGAAGGCAAAUGCUCUAGACAAAAUAAAUGUAGUGUAACUGUUUUUCUGUGUGCUUUCAGAACAAAGCUGUUAAAGGUAUACUUAAGGAUGACCGUUUCUCUGCAAUGUUCAGCAAUCCUGAUUUCCAAAUUGACCCAGAGUCUGAGGAGUUUAGACUUAUUAAUCCAGUCAUGUCAAAACUCGACAAAGCCAGAAAAAAACGAGAGGAGAAAUACUCUCUCACCAAACAGUUUAAAGCUGUGGAGGUAAUGUUACAUUCCAUCAAUCCUUCAGUUAAUAUUUAGUCUUACGUGUCAAGAAAUAAUCAAUUCUUAAAAAGAACUGACAGCAAGCUAAUAACCCAGUUACAUUUUGAAGUUGUCAGGAUAACUUCACACACAUUUCUUAAAAGCAAUUAGAAUUUAAUAACAGAUUUAAAAAACCCCUCUGAUCCCUUUACUGAUUUUGUUCUUCAUUUGAUCAUUAGGGUGAAGAUGAGCCAGAAGGACGUCCAAGUGAUGAAGAGGGAAGCAGCAGCUCAGAAGAUGAACAUACAUGGGCUCAAGAAGUCAGACAAGAGCAUCAAAAGGUGACAAGAGAAAGAAAAGCCCUGGAGCAGGCACAGGAUAGGGAGGAAAGGAGGAAAGCCAGGCUUUUUGAAAUUAAGGAUGGAGAAGAGAUUGGCGUCAAGAGUGACCCCAAUAAGAAAAAAGAUUCAAAGUGAGUAGCUGAUUUGAUACAUUUGUAUUAAUGAAUUAAAUAUUUUGAAUAAAAAAAAAAAUUGAAACAGUUUAAUGCCACUCAACAUUUAUUCUCAGACUACUUUUAGACCUGAAGGAGAUUUGGUUGAAACCCAAUUGGCUCAAUUUUAUAACUAAACAAAUUGAAAUCUGCUGCCUUGCUGAUAGGAGUGCUUAAUUUUUUUAAAAUUAACAUUUGAAAACAAUAAAUAAAUUCCAAAUUGAUUGAUAUUUACCAGCUUGUAUUAAAAUUAUAGUUUGGAUAGGUUUGUUUUAUAAAUUAUGUUUGUAUUCAUUUAGAAAACCUUUGGCUGAGAGACUCCAAUCUUUAGACAAAGAUAAGGUCACUUAUGUUGGUGGAUCACUGGGAAACAGAGAGAUGACAUUUUCACUGAGAAAGGUAUUUUUUUCCAUUCAGAAUUUGCCUUUCACCUUCUUUAACUUAUUGCAUUUACACAUGGGAGAUAGUAUUUUUCAUUUCUUAAAAUCUAAUUAUUGAAUUGCAAAACAUAUACAUGUUUUUUUUUAAUGAUUAAACAUUUGUUUAUAGGAAAAGAAAAUAAAUAAGGCAGUUGAAGAGAGGAAUAUUCACCAGUCUGAGAGAAGAAAACUUAAAAGAGCUGCUGGCACACUCCUUGACAAACCCAAGGCCAAAUUUUGGAUGGGAAAGAAAGUAAAAUAACUUACGAUAGGGGAGGGGGCGGCAGAAUGAAUGACUGAUGUCAAAACUCUUUGAGUCGUUAGAUUUAUAUGUUUGCUAAUGUAUUGAUGAAAAAAUAGUGGACACAUACCAAAAUUGUCUGUGUCAAUUUUUUUCGUCAAUAAGUUUAGAGCUGGAUUGUGAAAAAAAUGUAUGCAAGUUAUUUUGUAUUAAUUUUGUACAUAGGCCUGAAUGAGUUGUAAAAAAAGAAAUGAAUUUGUUUGUUGUAAAAAAAUUUUUUUAUAUGAGUUGUAUGUAAGUGUGAGGUGCAUUUGUAAAAUGUAUGAAACUAUUGUUUUCAAACGUUAAAUGAUGUGUGAAAAAUGCUGGCAAUACUUCAUUAAAUUCAACCACCAUGUAAAAUGUGUUUUUUUUUUAAUUAUUACUCGAAGAAAAUAUUUAAUACUACAAUGACAGUUAAAAAAAAUUCAAAUAUGCUAAUAUUUAUUUUUUAUUUUGCC